GCGGCUUCAGCAAGACGUAUCCGUUGCUCACUUUUACGUCGAAAUGUCUGGAGGACUUGAUAUUUUGUCCCUCAAAGAGGACGAUGUGACCAAGAUGUUGGCCGCUACCACCCACUUGGGCUCCGAGAAGGUCAAUUUCCAGAUGGAGCAGUACGUGUUCAAAAGGCGUCCUGAUGGUGUCCACAUCAUCAAUUUGGGGCGCACUUGGGAGAAACUCCUCCUGGCUGCACGUGCUAUCGCUGCCAUUGAACAUCUUUCCGAGGUCUACGUGAUCUCAUCGCGUCCUUUUGGACAGCGUGCUGUCCUUAAGUUUGCCAACUACACCGGAGCCACUCCAAUUGCCGGACGCUUCACUCCUGGAGCUUUCACCAAUCAGAUCCAGCCGGCUUUCCGUGAGCCUCGUUUGUUGGUGGUGACUGAUCCUUCCACGGAUCAUCAGCCCAUCAUUGAGGCUUCCUACGUGAACAUCCCGGUUAUUGCUUUCUGCAAUACCGAUAGCCCUCUGCGCUUCGUGGACAUUGCCAUUCCGUGCAACACCAAGUCCAUCUACUCCAUUGGUCUGAUGUGGUGGAUGUUGGCUAGGGAGGUGCUGCGUCUGCGGGAUAAGAUCUCGCGCGAGAAGAAGUGGGAUGUUGUAGUGGAUUUGUUCUUCUACCGCGAUCCCGAGGAGGCUGAGAAGGAUGAGGCUGCUGUUAAGGAACUUCUGCCACCUCCAAAGACCGAGACCAUCCACGAGGGUACUGAACCUGUUGAUCAGGAGACCACCAACUGGGCCGAUGAGGUGCCAGUUGUGCCUCCAACAGCCGUCACGGAGGAUUGGAAUGAGGAAGAGACAGUCAAUGCUUCAUGGGGAGGUGGCGGUGGAUUCUAAAAAAAAGGAUUCCCAAAACUCAACAGCUCAAGUGGAAGAUGUUGGUUGAAAUAAACGCGGCCCAUCUAGGGUCGUCUGAAUAAAAAAAAUGUC